AUGAGACGACUCAGAGCUCUGAGUGGGUUCAUUCUGCUCGCCCUCGCUGUCCUCGCCAACGCCAGGCCGAAAGCAGGUCAGUUACUGGCACUGUUAAGAAGGAAAAACACAAGAAGUAUGGCCUUUGAAAUUUGAGACACCUGGCUUUUUUCCUGGACGGAUGUUUUUUGCUCAAAAUAUUUCUUUUAUUUUGAAAAAUUCCCUGAGAAACUGAAGCAAACAAAAAAAAGAAGGACAAUCUUUUUUAUAUAUAAUAAUUUUUUUUUUUCAAACACGGGGGACUUUUUCCACCUGCUGAAGUACAUAUUUUUGCCUACACAAGAAGCUAUGCUUGUUAGUUUUAUUCUGCUAAUGGAGAUGUUGCACACUGCAGAGGCUACGGUGGCUGCGAUGUGCAUUUGCAUAGAUAGGUGUUGCAGUUGGAAGAAAGGGAAGAGAAGUUAUCUUCAGGAUUGAGCUCACUUGUGCAUACACGCACUAGCAGUAACAGAGCAUAAAUUCAUACAUCACAAAUAUUUUCUGUGACGCUGUUUGUGUCUGACUGUGAGUUUAUAGCUCAGCAUAUUUGUAAAUGAACUGACCAUUUACUGAGUCCCAUAAAAAAAUAUCAUCUAUAGUGACAUAGUUGAAUAUAUCGCUGGCCAUUGGUGGUAUUAUGUAACUCAGGCAGAGCUUAAAGAUAAAAUCACUUAUGGGGGAAGCAUUUUUUUUCUUAAGUUAGACUAUGGGGGUCCCAUGGACAGAGUAGCUUAAUCAUAAAGACAUUAAAGGCAAACAGUGUAAAACAGCCACAUGUGAUCCUCUCGUUCCAAUAUGAAAUGGCCCUGUUGUGUACCAGGGGUUGAACACCAUUCACCUCCCGCAAACCCUCAUCUCCACCACUGCUGAUUACUUAAACACAGUAGUCGGAAGAUAAAAUUAAGGUCAUACUGUGAUCCAGCAUGAUAAGGACUAACUGUAAUAACAAAAAACAUGUUUGAAAGGAUUGAUUUCAUAGUCUGGCACAUGGCACAUCUGUUAAAAUGAAGAACGGGGAGUUAUGACUUGUUCUGCAGCCAGCCAGUAGGGGGAGCUCUAGAUGUUUUGGCUCCACCUUCAGGGGAUGAUAUUCCAUCCUGUAUUUAAUACAGUCUGUGAACCUGACCUCUCCAUACCAUCGUACAUAUUACACUUCAAAUGAUAAACAGCUUUGUAAAAAUCUGAACUCUCUCUGGUGUUUGUGAUAUAUGAUAUCUGUUUAUUAGAAUAUGUUUUACAUUGAAUCAGCAGCUGAAGGUUGAGUUAUGUUUCCAGACAGUGAAGCAGACGUAUUUAUGAGUCGUUACAAAAACAGUCAUUGCUCAUGUCUGUUUGAAACUAAAGAUGGAUUCCACUAAACUCCCACAGGCCUACUUCUGCUGACACUCGGCUUCCACUACAGCGACUUUCAAUUUGCGUCCAGCCUCUGCGAAGGAAAUCUGGAUGUUCAUUAAUCAAACAAUUCAUGUCUGACUGUCCAAACCACACAGCAAACACAGACUCACUCAUAGCUCUGUGUGUUUGAACUGAGAUGAUGUUUCAGCAUUGGAGAGAGUUCACUAUGAUGCUGAACAGUUAAAGAGAAAAACAGGAGCUGAAGUUGUGAAGGAGUGAGAGCAGGUGGUAAAUAAUGUGAAAGUGAAACCAGAGAGGGAGAGAGAGAGAGAGAGAGAGUGACUGCUGCUGCUGCUUCAAUCAGAGGGGGAAACACAGACGUCUGCACAAGAGGAACAGAAAAAUGUGAACGUAUCACUGAAGUCCCUCCAAAGAAACAAUGCACGUAUAAAGAAACACCUAACUACUCCUUCUUGUUGAAAGAUACAGGCAUCUUGUAAUCAAACACUUCAUAAAACAUUUUACAAUCCAAACAUAUUUCUUUCCACUUACAUAAAAUCAUUUUACUUAGAAAAAGGCUCUGGUAUUUUUGGAGGCCUCACAUUGGAAAACCCAAAAUAUAACAAAAGGCUGGGGCAUUAUGUAAAAUGUUGAUAUAAACAGAAUUUGAAAAUCAUUUAAAGCCCACGUUAAAUUACACAUAUAUUUCUAAGUUUAGAGUAUCAAAUAUUAAAACUGGAAAAUUGUAUUUGUUUCCUGAAAAAUAUGUUUCCAUUUCAAAUUUGAUGCCAACAACCUGUUUCAAAACAAUUACAAUUACGUUUUACAGGACUGAAACAGUUGAAAAUAAUGUUUUAAUUACAGAUUAUAGGAUUACCAGGAUGUUAGAUUGAACGAGUUUCCCAUAGAAAUGUGCUCAUCUGAGUGUUUGGUCAGAGUGUAAUAAAAACCUCUGAAGAGACAAAGGCUGAUGUAUCUUUGUAUCAUUAGAGAUCAUCAACCAAUCAGAGGGCUGUGUUUGUAAAAUGUGUCCCUUCUCAGCUGACUUUACCCUCUGAAACUCAAUCUGUUCAUUUCUCUCCUUUCCCAGGUCAAGAACAGAAAUGUAAGUCUGGUCCGGUGGAUCUGGUCUUCCUUAUCGACAGCUCUCGCAGCGUCAGACCACAUGAGUUUGAGACCAUGAGGAAGUUCAUGAUCGACAUCCUGGACACCCUGGACAUUGGACUCAACGCCACCAGAGUUGGCGUGGUCCAGUACUCCAGCCAGGUACUUUAGGAGCACAGCAUCCAGAUCUUUACCCAUGUUUUAUUCCAGUUUGAGUUUGAAUCCACACUUUAUCAAUUCAAAUAUUGUAAAAUAUGUGUCUUCUGUUGUCCUCAGGUCCGUAGUGAGUUUUCUCUGAAGACUCACGCCACUCUUGCUUCCAUGGUCAAAGGAAUCAAUCAGAUCAUCCCACUGGCUCAGGGCACCAUGACCGGGCUCGCCAUCAAAUAUGUGAUGAACUCAGCUUUUACUGUUGAGGAGGGAGACCGGCCAAAGGUAACAGAGAUCUAAAUACCUGCUGAAACCUGAGUUUUUUCUUGUUUUAAAAAAGCUUUGAGAGGGUAAUUUUCUCACUUUCACUCUUCGUAUUUGACUACAUUCUCACUUACUGCAAACUAAUCUGUAUACAUUUUAACCAUGUACGCAACAGAGACAAACUAUGGUACUUGUAAUUUGACGCCCCAUUGUCAUGAUAUUGAAAAUGAUCAAAUUUAGUAUCAGAACACAAAAAAGCAACGGUUAAAAAGUGUAAAAUAGAUGAGUUUAACGAAAAUCUACUACUUAGAUGAUUACAAAAAAAGCCAUCGAGAAAGAUUAGUACACAGGAAAUAAAACAGGUUUUAGCACUCUGCCUACCCUUCAAGACUUUUAGACAUGUUUCAUCAAUUAAAGUAUCUGUUUGUUUACAUAGAAAUAAUUUUAAUAAUAUUAAUAUUGCACCCAUAAAAACAAAAGUUUACAAAGUGCUUUGAUGAUGCAUCAUGCAUGGAGCUUUUCAUCCUCAUGAGCCUGACGGGAGGAAGGAGCAGGGAGCAUUCUUAUCUGGAAACACUAAAUAUCCCCAUAUCAACAUGCUGUACCUUUUAAGUUUCAUUUUCAUAAAUAGCAACAUUACACCCUUGAAACAGAGGCUGCUGUAUUGAUGUUUCCUAUACAGGUCUGUACCAAACAAGGACCUUUCAUAUAACAAAUAAAAGCUUGAUGAACAUCAAAAAAUCCCAAAAGAAGAUUAAUGAAAAAAAAAAAGAAAAACAGACUAUGUUUAGACUUUGAAAUAAACUGUUUUAUUAUUUUUGUUUCACUGAUUGAAUGUGUCAAUAGGGAAAAAAAUACCCAUGUGUAUCAUGAUUUUGUCAUCUCUCGGCAGACUGUAUACAGAGUUUUAAUACUUGGAUGGUUUAUAAAAUCUUUGAUAAUGAACAUUAUAAAAUUCAAUCCUAUGAAAUUCUGAAAGGUUCAAUCAUGACAUGAGGUCAAAACAACAUUUUCAGGAAAAGUUUUAAUACCACUCUUUUGGUAAUGAAAAAUAUUUGCGGAUGUGAUUAGAAACUUUACUUAAUGUGAUUCCCCACGUUUGAAAUACAAUUCCCCAAACUUCUAUUCUCCACCCCUGGAUCCCAAAGCUGUUAGCUGCAGUCUCCUCUUCUUUCCUCUUUCCUUCAUCCUUGGUGGUGCUAGAAGUUCUGUUUGUCCUUCUCUAUCUUGGCUAGAUCAAGGCUGCUGUCCUGUGUGUUUCAUGUCAGACUGAUCAUUAAUACCUGCAGAGUUUGAACAGAGUUGAAUGAUUUAGAUUUUCCCUGAAGGUUCAAAUUUCUUAGAUAAUUUUCAGAGUUCAUGAGACAUUUUGAAAGUAUUUGUCAAUGACAUGUCAAUUCAUAAUCACAUGAACAAUGAAUAUACUUGCAAAUGAUAAGUAAAAGAAAAAGAAUAUAAUGCAUUUUACCUGUGAGUGAUCCAUAUGGGUGAAAGCAGGACACAGAAUAAAUUUAGAGCAGAUCGUUUUUAAUGUAAACAUUUUUAUAAACUUGAAUUUGACACAAACAGGUUUAUUUUAUUAGAGUUAUAACAGCACCUGUGUGACUGACUGCUAACUCUGACCUUUACUCUAUCUCAGGUUCCUAAUGUGGCCGUGAUCGUGACUGACGGUCGUCCUCAGGACCGUGUGGCCGAGGUGGCUGCUGAGGCCAGAGAGAAGGGCAUUGAGAUCUACGCUGUGGGCGUGGCCAGAGCCGACAUGACAUCACUGAGGGCCAUGGCGUCUCCACCGUUCGAGGACCACGUCUUCCUGGUGGAGUCCUUUGACCUCAUUCAUCAGUUUGGACUUCAGUUCCAGGACAAACUCUGUGGUAAGACAGUUGUGUAGAAAGAAACUGUCUUUGAAAACCUGAAAAACAAUUUUUCUGUUUGUGUUUUUGAUUUGCCAGAACUAUUUCAAUCAGAGCGGGAUAUAUAAAAGUCAAAUACUUUCCUGCUUGGGUGGCUGUUCAGAAAAACAUGGCACCCACAACUGAAGUCAGCUAACAAUUGGAUUAACGUUUACUCUGACUGGGUUUGGAUGAGUUUAUAGUUCAGUUUUAUUUCUUUUUUUAAGGCCUCAGUUUUUGACAGGACACAAAAGCAGAAAAAGGUCUUAAAUUAAACACAUUUCAGUGGAAAUGAAAACUUAAAUCUUUUUACCUCAUCACAAACAGAUUAAAAACAGUUUGUAAAAUACUCUUCCAGUGUGAGAAAUCAUUCUUUAUGGAUCAGACUUCAUAUUUCUGUUAAAUCCUUGUCUGAAACCUGUAAAAACGUUUGACGCCACAGAUGGAUUAUUUUUAUCUGAGGUCAUUUCAGCACAGUGAGACUAAAAUCCUGCAGACCUUUAUGUGGACUUAAAACCUUAAAACUGUUCACUUUAGCCACAGGAAACACCAGAAUCUUUUUAUAAAUAAAGAAAUGUAACUUUAGCCAUAAUAAAAAAUGAUCAGCGUGCCCAUCUAACCCUGAAUGAUAUAAUACUUUUCAUAACAAACUCUUUAAACCUCUCAAGUGCAGAUAUUUCCUCCUGCUCCUGCUUCUAGAAAGUGAGCAGCUGUUAUAAAUAAAACCUGACUUUUCUGUGUGGAGGACAGAGGAGAAGAAAAAGACAGAAAUACAUUGUCUAUAACUGGUGGAUUAAUGCAUAAUGAGGGUGUAAAUAUCCAAAAAUAAAAAUAUGGACAAACCUUUUUUGAUCCCACUUUUUAACAUGUAACAGUUAAGGUGUAUUAUUAAAUACACCUUGUGACUGAAUCCCAUCAUGUAUGUGAAAAACAGGGUUACUUUUAUCACUUGGAAAGCAGCAGCUUUUGAGACACAAGGUUUAUUCCCAGUGAUGAGGAUAUGUAAAUAAGUUGAAAAUGUUUGUACAGUUGUAGCAUGACUAUCAAUCAAUCAAUCAACUUUAUUUCUAUAGCACAUUUUAAAAUAACCACAAGGGUAGUCAAAGUGCUGUACAAUGAUACAUAAAACAAAUAACACAAAGAGCAAGAUAAAGUGAGCAGAAAUACAUUAAUGCAAGGGGAUAAAUAAGGACUAACAAGGAAACUUAAAACAAGAGAGAUUCACAAACUAAAAAAAAUAUUAUACACAGAACCUAAACAGAAAACACAAAAUAUAUGGAGAGCUGGGCAAUUGAACAGAAAGUUGCAGGAUGAUAUUGGUGCAAAAUGAUGAUGAUGGAAAGGGAGUAUAAUAAUCAUAGGUAUGUUUGAAGAAAUAAUCACCUGAUAAAUGUUUACCUGAUAUAAAAAUGUGUAUAAAGUCCUUUUUACAUCAGAGUCGGUGCACUUUCAAGAAGGCUGCCAUCUUUUACCUCCAUGUUUCUAUGGCAGGGGUGUUACACAAAAAUAUGAACCCUAAUCAAAGGACGGCUCUAUGGACUCCUACCUGCUUUGAUGGCUAUUCUGUCUUUGUUGACCCCUCAAGUAUGAAGCGCUCAUACACUCAUUCCCUUUUCCCUCUAGUCUGGUGCCCCUGCUGGUAACAUAGUUAAUGUCUGCAUAUAAAGCACUGGUUUAAAGGUGAAAUAGAAGAAGAAGGAAGAGAAGAAGAAGAGAGUGGUUGUUUUUGACAAAUGGAGGAUCACACUUAUCAUGUAUCACAGGAGCAUCUUGUCCUCCAAGGACAAUGUAGCUUCACCAACAGAAGGGGUGAGCAAGGGAGCCUUUCAAUCCAGAAUCUGACCACUAAAUAUUUCUUUCUCCAGUUUUAAAAGUUCAUUUUCCUGGAUAACUUUAUCAUAACUUUAGAAAUGAAGCUGCUGGAGAGAAUUGUGGACUUGGCCUCAAAGCUAAUCUGAGUCUCAGUCAAAUUUAACUCUCCCAGUUGGCAAAGGUGGCCCCAAAAGUCUCAAAAGACGCUUUGCAUUCUGCUAAUCAUCCGUUUAAAUCUUUGCCCUCAGGAAAAAGGCUCAGAAGCCGCCAUUCAAAGACAGCCAGAUUUAGAAAUAGACCUUUCCCAUUAGCAAGUGGUAUUUUAAGUGCAACCAGCAGAGAAAAAGCACCAAGACAGGAAUCUGGAGUAGCAAAGAUUGUUUUACUUUGGCUAAAAAUGGAAAUUUAGCCUCAGUCACAAGCUGGUGGAGAUAAAUAAAUCCCUUUUAUAGUUUCUUGUUGAGGAGAUGAUGUGUGUUAUUUAUUCUAAAGUGGAUGUUACCUGUGCUGCAGGUGUGGAUCUGUGUCUUGAGUCCGAACACGGCUGUGAGCAAAUCUGUGAGAGCUCUCCAGGCUCCUUCCACUGCCUCUGUCUGCCUGGAUACACCCUGAAUGACGACGGGAAGACGUGUGCAGGUAACAAACAUGAGAAAAACAUGUAUAAUUUUUAAUCUUUUAUGACCAUAGAUAUCAGCUAUCAACACACACAUUUUCUUAAACUGAAUUUACACGUGUAUUUGUGUAAAUUUCAGCCAUAGACCUGUGUGCUGAGGGGAAACACGACUGUGAGCAGGUGUGUGUCAGCUCACCUGGUUCCUUCACCUGUGACUGUAACAAAGGAUACAAACUGAACGACGACAAGAAGACCUGCACAAGUACGUCUUACUGACACACAUACCUGUGCUCACAUGCCGAUAUAGAGAUAUAAACACAUCCAGUAAGAACUGUGCUUUUCAUGAAGAGAUGUUUUCUGCUUGAAUUCAUGUUUCUUGAUGCUGAAAUGGAUUCUGAGCUUCACCAGCUGCUGAUUCAUGAUUUCUCUGCUGCAUCAUGAAGCUGUGUGCAGGUUUACUCUAUGUUCCUCCAGCUGAAAUUUGUCCCACUUAGUUUGUAACAAUGCCUGUAUGAAAGUUGCACAGAGUAUAUCACUGCCACCAUUAGGCCUACUUCCAAUCCCCUCAACUCAACGAUCAGACAAAAAACAACAACUCGCUUACAAAAAAGAAAACCUUUACUCUGGUUGUGUUAAUGACCCAAAUAUUAUUUUGUUAUCAUUCAUUUUACUUCUAAAACAUCCUCCAAUGCAUACAUGUUUGUUACCUUUGAAUAGUUUUCAAAGGCUGGUGCUUUUAUUUUGAAAAGAAAUAUACAGGAAGUGUGAAGUAGAGUAACAGUUAAAAACACUUUAUAAAUGAAGUAGAUGAGUGAUCGUUGAUAGGUUAAUAUACAGUAUGUAGUUAAGAUACCCAGCUUAUGGAGGUAAAAUUUUUGUACAUUUUUAAUUUUUUUUAAUGAAAAUAAAUAUAAGGUGACUUUAUGACAUUUUAUUUUGUAGUUUUGUAAAAUUUUAUCCGGAGGUGUGUAAGCUCACACGGAUACUACAAUUCUUAGGUCAUCUUUAAAGCAUAAAGCAUUUAUUUCUUUUUGGAAAACAGACUAAGGCACACUAUCAGUCAAAUAAUUUUAGAAAUAAUAUUUUUUCUGUGAGUGCAUAGGUUCACAGACCAGAAACAAAAACUUCCUGUGGACAUCAGUCCUGAUGUAACUGAGUUUACCAGGGAAGUGUGUGAACAUAGCUGCAGACUGGAUAGAUGCUGCCUCAUCUUAUCAUCUCCAAAGCGCCGAGUGAGCUCUUGUCCUUGACUCGAAACAAAGUCGAUUCAGCAUUUAACAUUAAACUCAAGCUCAGGUCUUGUUUCAUCAGUCUUGUUAAAGGUAAGAUCCAACAGUGGGACUACAGGAACAUAGAUGUGAACCUGCACCUUUAGCUGCUCUGCUGCUUACCGCUUCGCUGCUCUCCUCCCUCAGUGAUCGACUUCUGUUCCUUUGGAAACCACAGUUGUGAUCACGAGUGUGUGAGUGUGCUCAAUGGCUAUCACUGCCGCUGUAAUGAGGGAUACAGACUACUGGAUGACGGCAAGACCUGCCAAGGUGAGUACUGCUAACCUGGGGUCAAUUUCACCGUCAGUGCUUCAUUAACAGACAAAAACAUACUGUCCACUGCUGAUAUACUGAAGGUAAGAAUCACAUUCAUGCCGUGUUUGGAAACAACCUGACUAACAUUUACUGAUGAGGCUGUACAUGUAUCUGGACUGAAGUGGAUUUCCUGACUAUUAUUUCUGAAUGAAAAGGAACUUUUUUAAAUAUUGCUUCUCUGUUAUGUCUCCUACCAGAUGAGUGUAGCUUUACUUAGAGUUUUUACUCACACAUGACUUUAAAACUGGAAUUCACGUGUUUAUAAUCCGAAAAAAAAAAAAAAACCUUCAGAACUGAACAACAUUCGUUGCACAUUCCCUGUCCCUGUUUGUCCCAGUAAAUGGGUAAUUAAUCCAGGAAUAGAAAUAUACAAUAUUUCUACUGACUCAGUUCAGAUGAGAUAUGCUUGUUUCCAAAUGUCUUUGCAGGUUUUAAAUCCUGUGAAUUCACCUUUUCCCUCCUUCAUUAAGAUAGAAGCCUUUUAUUUACAUGACCUCUUAAAGUUCGAUUUGAAGACACCAAUCGUUCUCACAACUGUGUUUACGUACCAGGUCAAAAAUGAAGCAAUGUUACGUUAGCAUAGCAGGUCCUGGCAGAUAAAAGCAAACAAAUCUAAACUUAAAAUGUCAAACUGAAGUUUAAUCCUGAAAGAUCGAUGUUACUCUGAAGAACCUAAAAAAACAAUCUUAAAACUUUAAAUACCAGAGUCUUAUGACAGACAUGCCAAUAUUUCCACCUGAGACCAAGAAAGACUGAAUAAAGACAAUCACCCUUACUCUCAUUAAUUAUAUCUCCUUGUAAAUAUAACAGUCUGAAUUCAAAAUGUGACAUAAAUAACAAGCAUGAGGUUUAAAGCAGCCUUAAGCAGCACUACAGGAAAGCCACUCGAUAGACAAACAAGUUUUUUUAUAAUAGUAAUGCAUCAGAUUUUAUUGCGCUUUAUCAGAGACCCUCAAAGCGCUUUACAUUGGAUACAUCAUUCAUUCACUCACACCUUGGUGGUGGUAAACUACCUUAUUAGUCACAGCUGACCUGGGGCAGACUGACGGACACAUGGCUGCCAAUUUGCGCCUACUGUCUCCCCAACCACCACCACACAACACUCACAAUCAUACACCAGUGGAGGACACACACUGGGAGCAAGGUGGGUUAAGUGUCUUGCCCAAGGACACAACAGAGAGACAGGGGAGAGGGGGGAAUCAAACAGCCAACCUUUUGGUUAGUGGAGGACUGCUCUACCUCUUGAGCUACUGCCGCCCCCUACAAAAACUUUUUUUUUUUUUUUUUAUCUAGUCAGGGUUUUUUUUAUUUUUUUUAUUGCACAUAUUGCACAUUAAAUCUUAAUUCACAUUUCUGAACAUAAACACAGACUGAUGUAUAACAUUUGGGCUUUUUGGACUGCCAUUACUCUUUUGGAGAUGUCAGAAAUCUUCAGCCUGUCAUCACAAGAGCUGAAGUUUUAUGAGAGUCUUCAUAACACAAAAGGUAGGAGACACACAUCUGUAGGCUCACAGCAGCAUCUUAAAAAACAAACAAACAUGUACACAGGGAAAACUGUCAUCUGUCAUGCAGACAAAAACACACUCCUGUCACAGAUGUUUUAGUUACACAGAAACAUCUGCAGCUCAGGAUGUUGUUGACAGAAAAAAAACAGUGAGGAGAGGACAAUUUACAGCCUCUGCAGUAAGCGGGGACUUUCUUUUCCCUGAAGACACUAAAACCUUCAAAGCUCCAGUAACACAUCGUGUAAUCGUCGGCCGUUUAACCCAAAUACCACAGCAGCAGUUAUGUAAGGAGGAGUAAAAGAGGAGAUUGUUAACACCUCCGCUGCUCCGGCUGUUUUCUCCCUUUCUUUGAACAUCUGCUUCACAACCUACAUUUGAAAAGGCGGGGUCAUUAAAAGGCCAUAAACAAGGAGAUAAUAUGUGUGUGAGCUAGACUGAGUGAAAAUUCACUUCAAGCUCCUCUGAGAUUCAGAUUUUUUACUUUUCGGAAACAGGUCACAAGUGCAAUAAAGAGAGAGAAGCUUCAGUCCUCAUUUUGAGUGCAUUCGGGGACAGUUCAAAGUGUGGGAAAUUUGUGUUUUGGCAAUAAUAUGCUGUCAUUUUAGAGGAACUCUGCACAAUAAGACAUGCUGACUCUAACUGUGGUAUAUUUUCGAUGUUUCCCCAUACAAAAAACACAAAACAUUCUUAAAUUUCCAGAAAUUUUGAAGAAUAAACUCUCACUUUUACGCCACCAUUGUGGUUUACACUGUGAUGUCAGGUGGUUGCUGCACUUUGGCUGCUCUGCUGAGUUUAUUUCCUAAAAUUUCUGUCAUGUUUUUUUUUUUUGCACUGGAUACAUCGGAAAUAAAACAUGUUAAUCAAAUAAGGUUAACAUGUCUCAUUACAGGAUAUUCCCUUUAAAGCUUUACUCUGAACAAAGAUUUUACACAUUUCAGUAAAAGACUGUAAAUGUGGGUAAAAUGCUCUCUGUGUGGAAAUACUGUGAUGAAAGUACAAGUUAAAAAGUAACUCUUAUAAUAAUGCACAGGACAAAAACCCCUUUCAUCUAUGCCCCUGUCAAAUAACUAAUAAAGUAGCAAAGACCUGAACACACACAGUGUAACCUUUUCAAUGUGUGUGUGUGUGUGUGUGUGUGUUAUGUAGCCAUUGACCUUUGCACUGAGGGGAAACAUGACUGUGAACAAAUCUGUAUCAGCGCGCCCGGCGUCUUCUCCUGCGACUGCAACGAAGGAUACACACUCAAUGAGGACAAGAAGACCUGUGCACGUCAGUCAGGCCGCACACACACACACACACACACACACACAAACAAAUGUACACACUAGAGCCUCAUAAUUGAUACACAGGUAGACUUAAACUUCCAUGACUGCAAAUAGCCUCAUUAUGAGCCUUUAGAAAUAUAUAUGUGACUGUGUGUUUUCUUCUGCAGUGACCCAAACAUACUAAAACUUCUUUAUUUUAAGUUUUUAGGAAAUUAUUGUUUAAAGAACAAACCUCAUAGUAAUUAGAAAAGUCCAUUUAGAUUUUAAACAGACACAGUGACAAGAAGAGGUGGACUAAAAUAUUCAGCAGAACCUGAAAAAGGAAAAUAAUGUUUGUGCAGAUUUAGAAAUUUUAUCAUCAUGUCGCUUUUCCAGCAGAGAGCGCUCUGACUGCAGAGUUUAAAACCCUCUCAGCACUGUCUGCAGCUCAUGGAGCACAGCCUGGACCUCAUUCAUCACAAUGAUUAACAACCUAUUUUAAUUCUGCACAUUCUGACUGUGAUAAAGCAGACCUGUGAGAACGUUUGAACAGUGAAUUUGGAGCUUAAUCUUCAGAGGAGGUCUUGCAAUUUCAAAUUAAACAACCAAUUGAUCUGCCAACACAUUAGUAUAGAUGUUUCUAAGACAGAUCUGUACCUGGUAGAUACUAUCCAAUACUGCUGAGGCUGCAGUGCACUCACUUAAAAACAUUAAUUUACAGUGACCAAAAAUCAUCCCUAAUAAAUUUAAUUCUGCAGGGGUGUGUUCACAAACACGGAGAGGAAUUAAAUGCUUUCUUGUGUUUUCUCACCAUUUUAUUGAGAAAUAUGUCGUUUGGUGGGUUUGUUGAUUACUAACACUUGAGGACACACGAAACAUCAGACAUUCAGACACAAAGAAUGAAACACACAUAAUGUCUCACUGCAUCUUGAUCUGCAUAUUGAAAAUAACAGUGUGUGCAUACUUUUGCCUGUGUGUGUUGUUUGUUUGUUUGUUUGUGUGUGUGUGUGAUGUGCAGCCAUUGACCUUUGCGCUGAGGGGAAGCAUGACUGUGAACAGAUCUGUAUCAGCGCUCCAGGAGUCUUCACCUGCGACUGCAAUAAAGGAUUCAAACUCAACAAAGAUAAAAAGACCUGCACAAGUCAGUACAUUAUUUUAAGGACAAGACUUUAAUUUUGUUAAAUCCAUCUCUGCAAAACAAGAACAACCCAUUUAUGACAGAUUUAAAAAGUUCUUGACCUCUUAUGGAUGGCCUGAGAGGGGUCCAAUAAGACAUGCAUGCAGACUCUGCAGGGUUUUGGUGUUGCAUUAAUGCAUGUCUGUGCCGUUGUCACUGUAUAAGUUAAUGCAGUGCUGCAACAAAAUGGUAAAUCUUUAUUUGGACGAAACAAAACCUUUUUUUCUAUCAUAUCUCAAUUAUUUAGUCACAUGAAAACAUGCUCUAACUGUUGGAGCAAAGAGUUGACUUAAGUAGUCAUGUAAAUGCUUCCAAUAAAGGCUAAGAUGCAGGCAAUAACCGUACCCAAAGCUGACAGACUGAUAGACAGUUAAUGUAGAGGGAUCAUGACCCCCUAGAACAAUGUGGACAUGCUAUGUUGUCAAUAUGAACAUGUAUGCAGAAAACUGGUCACUGUGGGUCUGAAGGAUUUUCCUGUGCAGUUUUCUGGCUGUUUGUCGGCACCGAUUGUUUUUAUGAGCCUGCACCACGCGUCAAUGUUCAAGGUGUUCAACAAUUUUUCUGUCUUUCUAUGUUCUGGAGCUCAUUUUUAUCCAUUUUGUUGCUGUAAAAAAAUAUAUAUAAUCCUAGAAAAAUGCAUUUGGUCUUGUUUUUUUCAAAGGAAACUAAACGUUUUGAACAUUUUAACAAGUGAUUGAUCGUUGAUAGUUAACAUACCGAAGGUUGAUGACUGAGAAUACUUUCAAUUUGCUGUCCUAAUCACAACAUGAAACGAAACUGUGUCAUGUUAAAAAAGUGAAGGUUUUCCUUACAGUCUUUGGUGAAUCAAGAGAAGCAACUUUUUAGGGUUGGGAUUCUGUGCAGAGCACUUUCAGAAAAAUAUCAUUUUUAUUCAUUUGCUGCACCGAUAUUUGAGUGUUUCUGGAAUUCCUAAUUUGUCUAAAACUCUGGCCUCGCUAUCAGAGAGGAGAAAAUAAGCAUCAAGACAUCUGUGUUCAUAAAAGAUUGAUCAUUUCCACAUCUUGUGUUUGUUUGUUUGGCUGUGUUUCUGCAGACAUGGACAUGUGUAACACGGUGGAGCACGGCUGUGAGCACCAGUGCGUCAGCACUCCAGGAUCGUACUACUGCAUCUGUCCUGAGGGUCAGCUGCUGCAGGAUGAUGGAAAGAGCUGCGGCAGUGAGUGCUUGAGAAAUGAUCCGUUUAAUGUUAAACCACCUGACCUCAUGAACGUUUGAACAAUUUAACUCAGAGCCAUCAUGACAGACACAGCUUUGAUCAGGAGAGACUCAGCAGUGUCCUGUGGGCAGAGGGCUACAGGGGAAAUAGGGUCCUGUGGGUCCUGUGGGUCCAGUCAGAGAUGUUGCAGGUGCAGGAUGUGAUGGUUUAGGGCUGCUGCAGCAGGAGGUCAGCUCCCUAAUCUCUCAGAUCAGACUGAGCCAACUGAAGUAAAACAAUCCUCAGAGACAGUCCAGAUCCUUGCUGACUGUCUGUGCAGAGCUAUUGCUGCUGAGCGCAGAUGCAUUUUAAAUCAAUGAUCAAUCAGAUGAGGAUCACUAAACUGGACUAACAUCAAGAGCUGAGAUGAGGAUUAGAGUCAGAGGAGGGCGGGGUGAUUUUCCCAGGAGGUGAAAUAAAGAAAUGUUUUCAAAUGAUCUAAAUCUCAUACAGAUGUUAAAAUCAGUGCAGUUUGUCUGUAAGGAAAGAGCCAGACAAAGACUGGCAGAUAUUUCUGUCCUCUGGGAGCUGAGAGGAGCUCAGAGUGACUGCCAGUAAUCAUCAAACAGCACCUCAGUGUGGAGAACAGUAGUAGUGCAGACAGCCUCAUGUAAUUUGCAGGUCGGAGUCUGAGUUGGAGCAGAAAACUGCAGGACAUGCAGAUUUAAUAAUCUGAAAAGACCUUUUUCUUUGAGCUCGUAUUAGCUCUUGUACUUACACAACAAUAACAGCAGCAGCACAUUUCCCUGGAUAGUCCUGUCUUUGGACUCCUGCAAAGCUUUUUUAUUUGAUCUUUGAAAUUUUAAGGCUGAAUGUCAGACUUACUUCAAUGUGCAGAUUACAGUAAGACACUGAUUCUGCCAAUACUGUCACCAGAGUGAAUGUAAUAAUAUGUGUGCUCUAACCAUGCACAACAGAAAAACAUAAACACCUGUUAACAUCCUUUACAUUUUAAUCCUGCACUCUUAUUUUUGUUGAAGCACAGGAUAUUAACCGAGAGGUUUUUGAAUAUGAUCCAAACUUAAUGUAUGACAGACAGUAUGUGUCUUUGCUAUUUCUUGGUGUUAAUGUCCUGUUACUGACCAAAUGCCCAACUAUUUAGCCAUCUUUUUUUAGCACAAGAUAAAAAAAUGAGAAAAGUAGAUCCACAAAAAUAAUUUCUGUAAGAAGAUCAAACUUUAGGAUGUGUGUAUUAAUUCCAUCUCUUGCUCUUUCUCUCUCUCUCUUUCAGCCUGCAAAUCUGCAAACAUCGACCUGGUGCUUCUGAUUGACGGCUCUAAGAGUGUCCGCCCACAAAACUUUGAGCUGGUCAAAAAGUUCGUCAACCAGGUCAGAUGUGAUUUGAAUUUAAACAGCUGCUGGAGUGCCAUCGUUUUAUUCACUAUUAAAAUAAAAAUAAGAAAAACUGAAACACGUAACGUUAUCAGACUGAAUCCUUUAAAGACAGAGAAGACAUAUCCAACUGAGCAAUAGACGGCUAUUAGACGUCUAGCUCUUUUCUUAAACCACACCAAAAUAAUUAUGAUAGCGUUGCGCAAUCUACAGUGUAGUAAAGAUAUAGCCCAGAUUUAGAUUUAGGCUAAAUUUGGUCUAAAUUUAGGCGUCUAAAAAUCUUUCACUUUUAGACCUGUGGUAGCCUGAUUUUAGACCAGUUGUCUAGGCUACAUUUAGACAUCUAAUAGACCUCUUUUAGACCAAAAAAUGCUCAGUGGGAUGGAUGCUUAUCAUGUAACACUAUUAGCUAGUCUGCAAAGUUAAGUCCUGUGGCUCAUUUAAGAACAACCAAUGUAGACCGAAGUGCUUCACAAGAAAAACAGCCAUAAACAAACAAAAAAAAAUCGCAGAGCCUUUCUUAAUUUGAACAGAAAUUACAUGAAUUUUCUCUGAAGGACACAAACGAACAGAGAAGUUGUAAAACUGUGUCACCUGACUGACCAUCUCUUUCUGCCCUCCAGGUUGUGGACUCUCUGGACGUUUCGGCUCACGGCACCAGAGUGGGUCUGGUUCAGUACUCGAGUCGAGUCCGAACUGAGUUUCCUCUGAACAUGUACCACACGGCUGAUGAGAUCAAAGCUGCUGUCAUGAAGGUAAAAGCACUCAUUUGACUUUUAUUAACACGUCUGAUUUCUUUUUUUUAUAUAAAUUUAUCCUGAUUACCUGAAAGCAAUAGUUUUUUUCUCCCAAAAAAAAUUAUUGAGCUAUUGUAGUUUAAUACCAGUUUAUUAUUUUUGCAAUGCACUCAACUCACCUGCAUAUCACAUUGACCCAAACAUAAAAAAGUAGGAUUAUUUUUUUUUCAGGGUUUAAUAAUCAAACCAUCUGAUGUCAACACUCUGUACAUAAAAGUCACCCACUGUAAAAUCCACUGACUUUCUGAGGCCUGUAUCUUUUAGAGAGUCAAGUCUGUAUGGUAGCUUUAACGUGAAUGUAUCAUGUGUUAGGCAUCAAAAAUGGCAUCACAAAAAUCCUCAGUCUUGUUGGCGAUGCUCCUGUUUGGUUUUGUAGAUUAUAAAAGGUUUCAAUAUGAAAAUCAGUCUGUGUCAUAAACAUCAAAAAGAGUUUCCUGACUCUGAAAUCAUGAAGCCCCAACAAAAAUACAACAAACAGAAACAUGAAUAAUAUUGUGAAAUUAUUAGGAGGCCUCACUGACCACACGCUGACCUCAGGACUCUCUCUGUUCCUCUCCUCAUCCAGGUUGAAUACAUGGAGAAGGGAACGAUGACAGGUCUGGCUCUGAAACACAUGCUGGAGAACAGUUUCUCUGAGGCUGAUGGAGCUCGGCCUGCCAGCAGGAACAUCCCCCGGAUCGGCCUGGUGUUCACAGACGGACGCUCGCAGGAUGACAUCACCGAGUACGCCAAGAAGGCCAAAGAGGCCGGUGAGACUCCAGGGUUAUACUGUAUAUCUGUAUGUCCAAUCAUCUAACUCCAGGCCUGACUGUAAAACCUGUGACAUGCAUGGGUGUGCGUCUGCAGGUAUCACCAUGUACGCUGUGGGUGUGGGCAAAGCUGUAGAGGAUGAACUUCGAGAGAUCGCCUCUGAGCCCGUGGAGAAACAUUUUUACUACACCACCGACUUCACCGCCAUCAGCACCAUCGCAGAGAACCUCAAACUCAACGUGUGUCCAGGUACAGCGCUCACUCAGUGAUAAAUCAGGAUAAGAUGACUUGUAUUCGUUUUGAACACUGCCAUUAAAUGCCAUCUGAAGCUUUAACCUAUAUCUAUUUUCUUUUAUAUAUUGCAUUUUUUUCUUACUUAUUUGAUCAUUCUGCUUUUUUUCUGUACAUACUCAUGCUGCUGGAGGUUUAAUUUCCUUGAGGGAACCUUACCAAAAGGAUCAAUAAAGUCUAAUCUAAUCUAAUCUGAUUUUUACAGGAAUAUAGAGUGUACUUAAACACAGUAUAUCAUGCACUGCAGUGCAGGAUAUAAAACAAAGGUUAAGAUUCUCCAGCACUAUUUGAUGUAAAAAAAAAAAAAAACCUAUUCUGAAAGAAAACGGCUUCCUCAAACAAAUCUGUCAGUUUAUCGAUCUUUGUUUUAAAGCGGUUUUCACACAAUCAGAAGGAAACACAGAGAGCUGUGCAUAAACAAAAAAUUAUGAAAUAAAAAAAUUAAUGAAAAACCCCAACCCCACAAUCCAUAUACAUAGUAAAGAAAAACACUCAGAAAACACUGUCAUGGCGUCAUUAAUGAGAAAACCUUCAAGGUAGAAUAAAGUGGUCAAAGACAAGAUGGGAAACAACAAGUACAGGUUUGAUACUAAAAUAUAAAAACUGUGGAUCUGAAGGAGCGGCUGCAGCUUCUUGCUCAUAGUGCAUCAUGUAGGCACAGCCGCUGUUGCACCUUUAUCAGGAAAACUCAGUUUCCAUUGUCAGCACAUUCAUGUCAUAAAUUACUAUAACUUAUAGCUUGAAUUGAUUAAAUUAAAUAAAUAAACAAGUAUGGACUUUAAUAUUCUUUUGAUAUGAGAGUUCAGGUUCUUUGUCCUAAUUGAAGAGAUGUAGCAGCUGAAUUUGUCUUUCUCAGUCAGCAGAUCAUUUCUUUUCUGUCAGGGGAACCUGGCUUGGAUCAAGCCUAAUAACACAGUUUCUACUGGAAAUGCGACUUGCAAAACCAUUGCGUAGAUUUAAUUUUUUUGUCAUUUGCUUAGUGUUGUCAAUAAAUUAAAAACAAAUUUAUGAAUAGUUUGUAAUAAUAGCUCUGGUUUUAUGAUAUCAUGUUUAUUAAAAAGAAGAACCUGUUCAAAGAUGAGUAACAUCGACACCAGUGUUAUUGUUUAUGCGGUCACGUUUAAGGUCAUGAUGUUUGUCUCUUUGCGCCAUCUAGUGACUCUUAAAGGAACUGCUUCGUAUUUAGUUUGUGUGUCUUUCUUAUUUUAGGUUAAAAACAAUCUCACUGAGCUAAAUGUAGGUCAAAUUCACCUGAUAAAUCCAGGAAAAUGUCUCAAUAUUAAAAUGUUAUACACCAGAAAUAAGAACCAAUGUUCUUGUGUUGAUAAAAAAAAUCUGAUAUGAAAAAUUUGCUUCUCGAGUUUCUUGAAAAAAGAGAACAUCUUAUUUUAUAAACUGGGUACAUUUUUCUUGUCCUGCUGGCAGAUUACAACUCAAGUUUUAUUUUUGGUGUGUAAUGUUUUAAAUUAUAACAUUUUUCUUGAUUUAGCAGUUGGAUGUGACCUAAAUUUAAAUGACCUAUUUUUUACUAAAAAUAAGACAAUAACACCCGCAAAGAUUAAGAUUUUUGUAGUGAAUAACAAAUUUAUCAUUAAAAAUUAGAGGAUUAAAGUAUGAAGUAUGUUAAAUGUACUCAGUGAAGAAAGUGUUUUGAUUUCUUCUGUAAAUAUAACCUUCCUUGUCCCUUGUCCCUGUGUGCAGAGGAGAGUCAGGGGGAGAUCGAGGUGAAGGACCCCUGUGCCUGUGAGAGUCUGGUGGAGUUCCAGCAGGCCACCAUGAGCAGCCUGGAGCAGGUCGCACAGAAACAUAUCCUUUUUUAUUAUUAUUAUUUAACAUCUUAAGCCAAGCUGAAGAAACCAAAACUUACAACCUUUCCUUCUGAGAAUGCACAAAUAAUUUAAAACCCUACAGAGACUUUGGUCACGGGUAAAUCACCGCUCUUUAGAGCAGAGCAGUAGAGAUAAAAAUGAACAGUAAAAACAAACACAUCAACCCCCCCCCCCCCCCUUAUACAGGAAAAUAAACUCAGGCAGAUCAUCCUCUGGAAGUUCACUUUUAUAAGGAAUUUGCAGUAAAACAUGAUUAUGAGGCCAAUGUAAUUCAUGUCACAGAUGUUGAGCAGAGGCCACAGUCACAUCUGUCUUUUGAUUGUUUUGGACUUUGCAUCAGUCUGAAAUUCUCCCCGUCACUUCCAAGUCAGGAAAAAACUUCUGGAUAAGGGCCUUUGUCCUCUGACAGCAUUUCAUUGUGCUUAUAUUCCAUAUUUUUCUUACAAAACAAAAAUAUCUCUAUUUUUUUCAGUGCCCAGCAUCCAAAUCACAGUCCAGACUCAAUUCCUGUUCAUGGCAUGUUAUAUUUUCUUUGUAAAAUCUCAUCGAAGCCCCUGUGAGGGGACUUUCCCUGACUGAGCAACAGACUCAAAGCGUUAUUGUUGCCUCUUUAUGAUCUCCAAAAGCAACUGGCAAAAAAACAGUCUGUUUUAUAGUUUCCAGAACGUACAAUAUGUGGGACUCUUAAAAAAAACAACAGGAGGAGGGUUUUGUCUGAAAAUACUCCUUUCACAUGUGCAGGAGACAAGAUGAGAGGUAUCAUUUAGUCCACAGACGGAGUCUCAAGCAACACAAACAGAAAGUUCCUCAAAGGAGCUGUAAUAAAAGCAAACGUGAAGCAUACAGAGGAAUUUAAAACAGACCUAAGUUACCACCAAGGGAAAUACAUUUUGCAACCAGAGGCAAUAAUAAGAAGUGCUCUGACACCGAGGUCCUGGGUACUGUUACCACAAAAAAGGUGUUAGUGGACACAGGUCCUUAAAAAUACGAUGACUACUUAUUUAGAGUUAUUUAGUUUUGUUGUGUUUAGUUUUGAUUUCCCUUUAGAUAGAAAAAGCCUUUUUAGCGACAGAGUCCUGGUCGAGACAGCUGUAUCAAAAGUUUCACAAAAGGAACAAGAUGAACAACAAGUAACUACUUUAUCAAUCGAUUGUUUAUCAACCUUUAGUAGUGUUAUGUCUGUGUCCGUGGUCAGAUGAUCUUUGAUCCCAGAUUUAAAAUCCUCCAGACUAAUAAAAGGAUCUGAUCUUAAGUGACCUUGGAGCUCAAACAUGUUGGAUUAGUUUUGGCCUGGAUGGUUAAUUUCUUUCUCAACACACCAUAAAGGCAGUAACAUUUUUUUUUCCCAUUAGUUAUUAUUUUAACGGUGUUAAGUUUAUGAGUUUUGAGUGUCACACUUGACUGACAUAUUAUACUAAUAACAAAGUCAGACUAACAUACCAAGAUAACGAAGUAGGGGAGUCUAUUUCUCCUCCAUGUGGAUGUCUCAACAGACUCAAAGCAGCCUAGCCUCUUUGAAAGUUUAAGUCAGCAUCUUCAACACGACAUGCUUCAAAACUCUACUUCAGAGAACUAAAGGGUGAUAUCACUGAGACUGCGUCAGUCUAUAUUCCUCGAUUAUGUCCCGCUUGUUCACACUAGCUCGCCCAGACUCACUGCAGUGGGCUGACAGAACAUUUUGGUAAGUUUAGGUUGAUGCACGCUAGGCAUGUUAUAGCAUGUUGUAAGUAUUGAUCAUGAACACUUGUGAUCAGACUUAGACUGACUGACAUUGUGAUUCCUUAACGGAUUAUUCACUGGCCGGGAUGUCAGCUCGUCUGGAGCAGCUGGAGAACCAGCUCCUCUCCAGGAAGUGAUCUGUUCACGUAAAAUGACACCACAGAGGAAGAAGAACAGAGCGAGGAGGAGGAGGGCACAUCCUGGGAACAAGGUUAGAGGGUAAUCAGAAACCCUUCAAUCAUGGACAAAACCAAAGAGGUCUGUUUCUCUGUACAUGGGUGACUCUAACAUGAGGGUUUGUGACGAAGAGUCAUUUUUCUGAGGGUGGAAGUGACCUCAUUUUUACACUUUCAGUCUAAGAAACAACAACAGCACCACAUGCAUUCGUCUGCUUAUCAAGACAGCAGUUACAGAACAAAAACAUUUACAUCUCUGUGAUUUUGCAGGAAGCCUUAAUUUGUAGGAUUCACAACCAAAGAACCUGAAUCACAGGUAAAUCCAAAGAGUCGUUGUUUAUCUAUAUCACAGGUGUUAAAACUCUCCUCAUGUGUAAAGGAGACUGAAGGCCUGUUGGCUCGCUGUCCAGACCAGCUGUAUCAUUGUACUGUACAUAUUUAAUCAUUUUACACUUAUUAUCACAGCCUGACACUCUUCACCUAUUUCUCCAAGUGCCCUGUUUAUACUUGAUCUGUUUUGUACGGUUUGUUAAAUAUGAUGUAUUUAUAGCAGAUUGAUUUUGUUUUUUAAGUAGGAUAGUAUUUCUUUUGUUUUUUUUUUAAAUGAAGCGUUAUUACCACUCCCUGUAUCAAAUUGGUCAUUGUCUCACAGAAUUAAACAAACUUUUUCCAACCAGAGGUGGAUUGACUCUGCAGUAAGAAUGAGGAAAAUGUUCAAAUUUGCUAAAAAGGGAAGUUAAACAGUUCAGAGUCUCAUCUCUCUCCAAAGCUGUGGUCUGUUAAGAGAAAUACAAGAUGAUUAGGUUUCAAAUACACCAAUCAAAGCAUUCAAAUACUCCUCUCUGCACUUCUAACUUUGGUCUCUCAACAUUUCUUAGUCAAUUUUUUUUUUUUUUUUUUUAAAUCUCCAGCCUUUACCGACCGCUCUGUGGUAGUUUAGUCACAUGACUCAAACAGGAGGUCUGACAGGGUACUGAGGGUGUAGAUGAGUGACCACCUGAACUCCAGCAGAUCGCCUCACUCUUGUAGUUUUUGUAUAGUAAAAAAAGCCACCUCAAAUAUACCCCUCUCUUUAUAUCUGAAUGCUUGUAUGUUUUUGUAUAUUUUCUGAUAAAGUUACCUUUUUUGUAUUUUAUGAUGAAGCUCUGUAUACCAGCUCAGAGGGCAAUAAAAGAGUGAACUUUUCACGCUUGAGUGUUGUCUUUUAUUUUACACCUCAUUUUUAGAUUUUAGAUCUUAAAGGAUAUAUAUAUUUGCUACUGCAGAAGAGGUUUUUCUGUAGGUUAGAAGAUCUUCAACCAUGGUUAUGUUUUGUAUUUGACAGGCAGCCAUGGGCUUUUGUUUAUUUGUUUGUUUAAUGAGGAACACUGACCUCAGUUUUAAAGUGCAGAUAUACCAAUGUUUUGCACAUGAUUGUAAUGAUUGUAGGUGCAGGUGUAAAUUGAACAAUGACUACUAGUUAAAAGUGCAGGACUCGGCUCUAUUGCAUGACGUUUGCAUAAACUGAUGUGUUUUGCACGUACAAUUGUACAGAGCUCCUCCAAAACAAUGCCCCCGCUCACAUGCACGAGCGCUGCUGUCUGCUGAUUCAAAACCACGGACUCCAAACUUUGGGACUUUAGACUGGGAAGUCUUUGCUUGCAGGGACAAAGAAGGUAACAUCAGCAUUGGGAUGACCACAUAACUAGCAUCGUAGGUAAAUACUUGAUCAAGAUUAAACAUUGCCCUGAAACAAACCUUCAACGUAUCUUUCCAAAAGAAAAUGAGCGACCAUGGCAUCACUUUUAAAGCCCUUGACCUCUUUGCUGAAAAGCUGUCCCGAUGUUGACUUUUGUUUUCGCCCUUGCGUUCUCCAAUCUCUGUUUUGCUUUGGCCUUCUCUGCCUCCGUCCUUAAUUCACCAUGAAGGACUUCACCAUUAAUCUGUGUAUAGGUAGUUUCUCUGCCAUUCUCCAGCCGAGCUGUAUCCCUCUCAGCUCGGCUAUGCACUUGAAUCAGGGCCAGUGCACACCGGCGACAUGUACGUGCAGGAGACGAACACAGGAUUUGAUUGGUGUAAAAAUGUGGGACCCGCAUGAUGUGAUUGGUUGGUGUUUUCCCAGUUUUACUCCUGCUGUAGAUAGCGGCUAUGUUUCGCUCUUUUUAAGAACACAUCAGGUAUUGAUUGCCAUCGGAACAUAAAGAUCAUCUUAACCAGAAUAACAAAAAGUGUAUCCAAAUCAGUUUACCACCCCUACCUUUAUCAAGAUAGUCAAACACCAAUUGAAAACUCCCUAUAAGGUUCAGCAGUGCCCAAAAGUACAAUAUUACAAUAGUUCCAGUGAAACUAUUGACAACAUUUUGACUGAGUAUCAUCUAUUAAUUGAAGAUUGUAAUGAGCAAAUAUUGGCUAGGUUUGGUCCACAUGUAAUCAGUAUACAGUGGUUAUCAGUACAUCCCAGUGAGUGUGCCUUGAGACUUUCAGAGAAAUAAACUUUGAAAGGCCGAUCAUGAGGCCCAUGACCUGGUUAGUCCUUGUACCUGUGUCUGACAACAACCGUCCACCUUAUCAGACCCACACUCACAGAGAUUUUUAGGCCCCACUGCAUACAAAAUUUCCAUCCAUUUGAAAAACUUAAAUGAAACAUAAUUAGGCCAAUAAACUUUAUGUGCUGCAUAUUUGUCAGUCAAAUGUAAAUGAAACAAUUAAGAAUUAUAUUUAUGUCAUAAUACCGAUAAACCCAAUGUGUUGAGAAUGAAUAAUGAAGAUUUAUGUUUUCAUCAUUGAUAACUCCAAUUUGUUUCUGUCUCAUAAGUUUUAACUAAAUGAAUCUUGGUUGAUCCACAGCUCAUCAUAUUUAAACUAUAUUCAGAGAUUUUAACUGAUUAAACUGAAUUGUUUUCAGAAUUAAAAGAUUUAUGCUGAUUUUAAGAGAAAUUUGAAUAAAUUACUUUUUAUUUUUAUUAAAAUAAAAUCAAAUAGAUGUAAAUACAAAAAUAAACUAUGCCAUAUCAUAUAUAUAUAUAUUUUGAGUGCAUUGGGUCAAAGCAGAUUGUGGUUCACCGUGAGUCUGCAGGAGGUUUCUGACUGUAAAGAUGUUUUGACUCAUGUUGGGUUUCUCUAAAUGACAUACCAGAGAGUUCAGUCUCAGUUUUGUCUCACUGCAGACAGUCUUGGGGUGACUUCUUAUAGGACUUGGAUUUAUAAAAGUGUAACUGUAUUGAUUGAUGGCCUAAGCAGGGUCUGCAGAGAUACUUUAGUAUUAAAAACAGCACGCUGAUUCUUGUGAGGAAUACUUGUAGUUACAUCCUCAUUUUCAGGGUUUCCUCUCUCAAUACUUCAUGUCUGAGUUAAUGUCUCCAGUGAUUUUUUGGGAUUGAUAUCAAUGGGAUAUGAAUUUAAUUAACAAGAGAACACAGCAAAUCUCUGGUUUAAAAAGUUGGUCUGAAAUAUGACCUUGGGCUAAAUAAAAGACUUAACUUUUGACCCAUUUGAUCAAAAACUUUUCCAUAACUUUACUUGUACCUGACUGAACAGCUACAGUCCCUAAUAGCCAGUCAGUCCCUGAUGGGUGAUAGAAGUUUGUCUCUUGUAAGGUUAACAAACAGAGGGUUGUGUUUUUAAAAGCUGUAAAGGUCAAACAGACAUGCAAAGGAGCAAAGCUAAAUCCUGGUGGAUCACUGUUUCCUGUGUUUAAAGAUCAGCUCCACAGAGACGGUUCCUCCUCGCAGACACAGACUGACAGUGACCUUAUAA